AUGCAAACCGAAGAACCAGCCACCUCAUCAAACAGCGUAGUUCUUACGACCACUGCGUUAACAGCACUUAUAAACGACAGCUUGCAGCAACAGGCAGCUCAGUUUGAGACCAUUGUCUCCGGUUUACAAGAUCAACUCAAAGAUCUCAAGGGCCUUGGCGAAACACCUAAGCGAAGCGAGAAGUCAACCUCGAAACAAACUCCAGAGACGUCAUCCAAACGAGACCGCUUGAAUUGUUCUUCAGCAUCAACCAACUCCUAUUCAACCCCAACCCCAGCUAGUAAAGCACCUCGCAAAUCUAAAACUCCCGUCAAGAGCCCAGAUCCACCAGCACCGUCGCCACGUCGACGUCAUCCCCUUCAGCUGUGGUCAACUGAGAUCGACAAGGAUUUCAAAUCCACUAAGGAUGCUUUGUUUGUCCACAUCAAGGUGCUAUGGGGAUUGCUCAAAGCAAACGACGUUCCAGCUCCCCCCGAUCCAAACCUCUUGAAGGAGUUUUAUGCUCGAUUUUCCAGUGUUGACCAAGUUGAAUCAGUCAUUGCGGACCCUCGAAGUGUUGAUCUGGUGGCUCAGAAUGAUAUUGUUACUUUAAAAGCGCUACGUAGUGGCGGAAAGGUCGGGCGUGGUAUGGCCCAUCUUGACCAGACCUAUGUUCUUUAUAUUCAUGGUUUAUUGGCUAAAGUAGGCAUCCGCGUGUGGGGUCCGGACCUCAAUGAUGCACCUGACUCAUUGUAUAACUCAGCCUGUCGAAUCACCGCGUUAUCAUCAUUUCGCCAGCUGUUGGCAACUGGCGCCUAUGACUAUAUGAACCCGUAUGAUCAGUCAGAAAACCAAUUUCAAGACUUUGAAGACAAUGAGAGCAAUAACUCUGAUGAAGGCACGGGUGGCGAUUCUACAAAUGCAACCAUGCGAAAUGCCCAACAACCAUCAUCUGAAUCCGACUUUUACUCCGAUGGCGAUUUUGGUAGCUUGUACGAUGAUUCUGACGAUGAUAAUUAGGGAUUUUCAUUCAUUCCCUGGUUCUUAAACAUUUCUAUAGUCUCUUUGGCUUUUCUUGUGUUUACAUUUAUCAUUGUUCUUUCUAUACUCUCGUUAAUUUUGUUUUGUCCUUACCUUUUUGUGGAGACUUGUUAUCCGUUUUUUUUUGUUUAUACUUUCUAUACUCUCGUUAACUUUGUUUGGUCCUUACCUUUUUGUCGAGACUUGUUAUCCGAUUUUUUUUUGUUGUUUAUACUUUCUAUACUCUUGUUAACUUUGUUUGGUCCUUACCUUUUUUCAAGACUAGUUAUGUGAUUUGUUUUUUGUUGCUUGUAUAUGAAAUGUCACAUCAGUUAAAAAGU